AUGUAUACGGCGUUUUACAAAUCGGACCAAAAAUACAAUGUUUUGGUCUUCAAUCUGAAUGAAGAGCACAAACAUAGACUCGAAGGCAUUCAGUUCUAUGGGAGCACUGAAUACAGUGAUGGCACUAAGUUUGGCGUUUGGGUCUUCGAGAACGGAUUCUUUAUCAAUAAGGGCUCCAGAGGUUGGGAUAACUGGGCUAUGAUUGGCUCGUUUACCAAAAACAGGUCCGGAAAUAUUGUCACAUUCAGGAAA